AUGGAAACCUUAGCGAUGAGAUUUGGGCGACCAGAAUUCAUAAUAGAGACAAUUCUCAGAAAAAUUCGUUUCCUGCCAAAUUUGAAAGAAGAUGACCAAGCCAGUUUCAUCAAAUUCGCCACUGAAAUUCAAAAUUUCAGCGCUACAGCAAAAAAUCUCAACAUGGAGAUCUAUCUGAGUAAUCCACAAGUAUUGAGGGAGCUUCUCAAUAAAUUACCCACUCAUUUGAAGUACAAUUGGGCAGUCCAUCUGUCUGGAAUGAAUAAUAUUGGAAUGCCUACUUUAGAUAUAUUUUCUUCGUGGAUCCAACAUCAAGCUAAAAUUCUGAGUAUAUUUUUACAACCCAAAGCAGAUGACAGGAGACGACAAGAAAACUUCAGCCCCAAAGAACUAAGAAACUCCAACAAUAGACAUGUUCUAACGCAAGUAACACCAAAAUGCCAAAUUUGUAGUCAAAAUCAUCAAACUUCAAAAUGUAAAGAGAUUUUAGAAAGAAGUAUCGACAGUCGAUGGGAAUUGAUUACAAAGAAGAAGUUGUGUUUCUCUUGUUUUAGACGACACCAAAUUAAAUCUUGUAAGAGGAGGACAAAAUGUGGAAUUAACAAUUGCACAAAAUUCCAUCAUCAUGUCCUACAUAAACAAGAUUCAGAAGCACAAAUCGAGGGUCCGAAUAGCCAACCAUCAUUUUGUUCAACGACUCCUAGUUAUAAUGAAAAAGUUUUGCUUCGGAUUUGUCCAGUUGUUUUAUCCGGAGAGAAAAAUUCAAUCGAAACAUAUGCCUUGCUUGACGACGGAUCUACUGUUUCUCUAAUCGAAGACAACCUUGCAGAAUAUCUGGGAUUAAAUGGAAAGGAAGAUCCAUUGAACAUUUGCUGGACAAAUUCAACAAGUCAUAAAGAUCAAAAUUCUCGUCGAGUGAAACUGAAAAUAAGGGGACUUUACGAAAACGAAGAAUAUGAAAUCGAUGACGUUCGAACUAUGACUGGUUUCAGUCUGCCAAGUCAGAAUUUCGAUUACUCGAAGAUGAAAAAUGAAUGGUCUCAUCUGUCUAUUUGUCCGCAAAACUUAUUUUUCAAGAACGACGUUAGGCCAACUAUUUUAUUGGGACAAGAUAACUACCAUCUCAUAAUGCCUAGAAAGAUUUAUGAAGGUCCACCAAAUUCACCACUUUUAAGCUGGACUAAACUUGGAUGGAUUGUUCACGGAAAAUUUACAUGCAAAAAGGAUAUUCUCGACAAUUCAAAUUUCAAUUUCUUUUGUUAUCAAGAAUCUGAAGAUGAUUUACAUCGGUUGGUCAAAGAUUCAUUUAAGCUUGAUAACUAUGGAAUUACAAAGCCGAAUUACGAAACUUCAUUAUCACCGAAGGAGGAAAAGGCACUAAAAAUUUUAGAAGAAACAACUGCCUAUACAGGAGAACGUUAUGAAUCUGGACUGUUAUGGGCCACAGAAAACUUCAGAUUUCCUCCCAGUUAUAACAACGCUCUAAGUCGACUUCAUGGAAUAGAACGUAAAUUAGAUCGAGACCCAAUAUUAGCGGAAGAAUACUGUCGAAAAAUAGAUGAAUAUUUAAACAAAAAUUACGUCAAGAAAUUAAGUGUAGAAGAAGCAGCCCAAACACACAAUAAAACUUAUUAUUUGCCACACUUUGGAGUGCGGAAUCCAAAUAAACCUGGAAAAUUGCGUUUAGUGUUCGACGCUGCAGCAAAAAGUCAUGGAGUAUCCUUGAACGAUGCUUUACUAACUGGACCCGAUCUCUUGAAUUCACUACCAGCGGUCCUCAUGAAAUUUAGACAGCAUGCCAUCGCCUUUGUUGGAGACAUAAAAGAAAUGUUUCAUCAAAUUAACAUAAAAACAGAAGAUGUCGAUUCUCAAAGAUUUCUUUGGCGUGGAAUGGAGAGGCAUAGAAAACCAGACACCUACAUCAUGAAAGCAAUGACUUUUGGAGCAACUUGUUCACCAUCGACUGCCCUUUAUGUGGUGAAAUUGAAUUCCAGAAGAUUUGAAGAUCAAUAUCCUGAAGCUAGUAAAGCAAUUUGUACCAAGGAAUACAUGGACGACCAUUUAGACUGCUGUGAAACAAUUGAUGAUGCUAUUAACAGAAUUCAGCAAGUAAUUGAAAUUCAUAAAGCAGGUGGAUUUGUUAUAUGUAAUUGGAUCAGUAAUUCGAAAGAAGUUUUAGACAAUAUCCCUGAAGAUCUCAAAGCCCACAGUGACAAACAGUUGAAUUCAGAUGAUGGCCUCGCUACAGAGAGGAUUUUAGGAAUGUGGUGGGACGCGAAAGCAGAUACGUUUAUUUUUCGAGUUAAUGAAUCGAAAUUUGAAAAUAUUCAUUUAAAAAGUCCAACAAAGAGAGAGAUAUUGAGAGUUGUGAUGAGUAUCUUCGACCCACUAGGACUUGUAUCACCAAUAUUAGUGGCUGGCAGAAUUUUAUUACAAAAUAUUUGGCGUUCAAAUAUUACCUGGGAUGAACGUCUACCAAGAGAUCUUCAAGCGAAAUGGGAAAUCUGGCUCCAGUUACUAAAUAAUGUGAAGACGUUCAAAAUUUCAAGGUGUUAUUUACCACUCUCAAGCAGUUAUGGAUCUACGGAACUCCACAUAUUCGUUGAUGCCAGUGAAGAAGCCUAUUCAGCAGCAGUCUAUUUGAGAAACGAAAAUGGUCCAAUAAUCUCAGUUUCCCUAAUUAUAUCGAAAAAUCGCGUUGCCCCCCUCAAAGGAAUUUCAAUACCACGUCUGGAACUUCAGGCAGCUGUGCUUGGAUCUCGGCUUGCUGAAGCAGUUCAAAAUUCCCUGGAAGUAGAAAUAAAAGGAAGAAUGUUUUGGUCUGAUUCCCAGUCUGUUCUUCAUUGGAUAAAAUCCGACUCCAAAAAAUAUAAACAAUUUGUAGCGAACAGAAUCACAGAAAUCCAUGAUCUCACAAGACCCGAAGAGUGGAAAUGGAUAUCCACUGACUUGAAUCCUGCCGACCUAGCGACUCGUUUCUGCAAGAAAAAAUUUCUAACAUUGAAUUCAUUAUGGUUAGAAGGUCCACCAUUCUUGAAAAACUGUAAAUCCGAAUGGCCAGACCAACCUCCUAUAUUUUUGAAUCAUAAGUCUGAUUUAGAACUGAAGAAGGAGUAUGUGAAUGUUCAUAUGGAGAAUUGCAUCUGGAUUAUUCCGAAUUCAUAUAUUAACAGAUUCUCAUCCUGGUUGAAAUAUCUUAGAUGCACUGCUUGGAUUAUUCGUUUCACAAGGAACUUGAAAAGUCAUAAAAAAGUUCGAAAUACACUGAAUAGAUCAUUGGAUGUGCCUGAACUCACCUUAGAAGAAAUUGAAGAGGCAGAAAAAAUGACUCUAAUUGCAAUACAGUUUCUCCUAUUUCCAGAAGAAGUGAAGCACCUGCAGAGUAAAAAAGCCUUGAAAAAAUCAAGCAAACUGUUUCCAUUGUCACCUUUCCUUGAUGAAGAUGGAAUAAUUAAGAUGAGGAGUCAUUUGGAAGCAUCUUCUGAAAUUGACCGAAUGACGAAAUUUCCUGUAAUCCUAGAUGAUUGUAAAGCAGUAAGAUUGUUGGUACAACAUGUGCAUAAACGAUUUUUACAUCAAGGAACAGAAUCUGUUAUAAUGGAACUAAGAAAAAAAUUUUGGAUCUUUAAGAUUAAAACAAUUGUCAAGAAAGUAAAAAAUACUUGUCUUUGGUGUAAGAGACGAGAUUCUAAACCUGAAGUGCCAGAAAUGGGACCAUUACCCCAGUGUAGAGUGACGAAACCUCCAUAUCCUUUCUUUUACACAGGAAUGGAUUUCUUCGGACCCAUCGAAGUUGCUGUAGGACGAAGACAUGAAAAACGUUGGUGUUUAUUAUUCACUUGCAUGUCUGUCAGAGCUAUUCACAUUGAAGUCGCUCAUUCGCUAACAACAGACAGUUGUAUAAUGGCCAUACAAAGAUUCACCAGCCGCAGACCUUGUCCACGAGAAAUCUUCUCUGAUUGUGGUACAAACUUUAUAGGUACUAAUAGAGAGUUACAGCAACAAGUGAAACAUUUGGAUCAUCAAAAAAUUCAGAAGACCCUUAUUCAUAUGGAAGAAGGUAUCAAGUGGAAUUUCAAUCCAGCACGAACACCACACAUGGGAGGUUGCUGGGAGAGGUUGAUUAGAUCUGUCAAGAAAGGCUUGAGCGCAGUACUUACUUCACAAUAUCCUAAAGAUGAAACACUACAGACACUCCUUUCUUAUGUAGAAAAUAUCGUCAAUUCUAGACCGCUUACUCCCAUUUCUUUGGACGCAACUGAUGGAGCACCAUUAACUCCCAACCAUUUUUUAUUGGGAGGCAAUUUUUAUUUGUUCCUAUCUACAAAUUUUCAGGAAGACGAUAUAUUUUCCAGAAAACAAUGGAGAAAAGUUGGACUCAUGGCAGAUCACUUUUGGCGACGUUGGUUGAAAGAAUAUUUACCUACCUUGACUAAGCGCUCAAAAUGGUUCCUGAAAGCGAGACCUCUCAAAAUCGACGACCUCGUUAUAAUAUGUGACGAUGACUUACCUAGAAAUUCUUGGCCAAUGGGUAGAAUCAUUCAGGUAUUUCCGGGAAAAGAUGGGCAAAUCCGAUCAGCGGAAAUCAAGACCAAUCGAGGAGUUUUAAGAAGACCAGCAGUUAAAAUUGCUGUCAUCGGGGUGGAGAAUGUUGAGGAAAAAAUAUAA